GUGUGGCAGUAGCAGGCUGGCUGCAGCAGAGGAGGUUGCCCAAACGUCAGCGUGGCUUCCCCACAGUAAGAACUCUCUGGAUAUUAUUCGAUUUUUUUAAUUCCAGGUCGUGUCCAUGUUUACGCUGGAUGUAAUGAGCGGCAGCGGGAAUCCACGGUGAGGUUUUUUCUGCUGGGGGAACGUGUUGCGGUGCCAACAGGGCAGCGAGUUGCCUCCGCUUGUGGAUCUUCUUGGGGAGCAGAGGAGCAAUAACACGACGACGCGAAGAUGGACCUGAAGCUGAUCUUGGUAUCCACCUUGUUAGGAGUCUUCUGCAGCGCCCAGAAAGAGGGGAACGAGUGCAUCGGUGCUAAUGCCAAGUACUGCGGGGAGUGCAUCCAGGCGGGGGCCAAAUGCGGCUGGUGUACAGACCCGGACUUCCUAAAACAAGGCGAGACCGUGUCGACCCGAUGUGACGAGCUGCAGUCUCUGAAGAACCGAGGUUGCAAGGAGCAGAUGAUCGAGAACCCUCACGGAGAGAAGAGGAUCCUGAAGAACAAGAUGGUGACCAACCGCAGGAAGGCAUCGGGGAAGCUGAAGCCGGAGGACAUCACCCAGAUCCAGCCGCAGAAGCUCAGCCUCACCCUCAGAUCCGGUGAGCCCCAGGCCUUCAACCUGAAGUUCAAGCGGGCGGAGGAUUAUCCCAUUGACCUGUACUACUUGAUGGACCUGUCCUACUCCAUGAAGGAUGAUCUGGAGAACGUGAAGAACCUGGGAACCAGCUUGAUGCUGGAAAUGUCAAAGAUCACCUCAGACUUUCGGAUAGGUUUUGGUUCUUUUGUGGAGAAGACGGUCAUGCCGUACAUCAGCACCACCCCGGCCAAGCUGCUCAACCCGUGCACCGGCGACCAGAACUGCACCAGCCCCUUCAGCUACAAGAACGUGCUGAAGCUCACCAGCGAUGGCAAGAAGUUCAACACCCUGGUGGGCCAGCAGCAUAUCUCUGGAAACCUGGACUCUCCUGAGGGGGGCUUCGAUGCCAUCAUGCAAGUGGCUGUGUGCGGGGAUCAGAUCGGCUGGAGGAAUGUGACCCGCCUCCUGGUCUUCUCCACCGACGCCGGCUUCCACUUCGCAGGAGACGGCAAGCUCGGUGGCAUCGUGCUGCCCAACGACGGGAAGUGUCACCUGGAGAACAACGCUUACACCAUGAGCCACUACUACGACUAUCCCUCCAUCGCACACUUGGUUCAGAAGCUCAGUGACAACAACAUCCAAACCAUCUUCGCUGUCACAGAGGAGUUCCAGCCCGUUUACCAGGAGCUGAAAAACCUGAUCCCAAAGUCUGCAGUGGGGACCCUGUCUGCCAACUCCAGCAACGUCAUCAACCUCAUCAUAGACGCCUACAAUUCGCUGUCCUCGGAGGUCAUUCUGGAGAACAGCAAGCUUCCGGAGGGCGUGACCAUCGCGUACACGUCGCGCUGCAAGAACGGCCUGGUGAGCGAGGGGGAGAACGGACGCAAGUGCUCCAACAUCUCCAUCGGAGACGAGGUGGCGUUCACCAUCAGCGUGACGUCCAAGGGCUGCCCCAGGCAGGGCAAGCCCGAGACCAUCAAGAUUAAACCGCUAGGAUUCACGGAGGAAGUGGAGAUUACCCUCAACUUCAUCUGUGAGUGCGAAUGCCACAAGGAGGGCGUGGCCAACAGCGACCUCUGUCACUAUGGAAACGGCACCUACGAGUGCGGCGCCUGCAAGUGCAACGAGGGCCGCGUGGGCCGCAAGUGUGAGUGCAGCAGCAACGACGUGGCCAACGAGGACAUGGACCGCACCUGCCGCAAAGACAACGGCACCGACAUCUGCAGCAACAACGGCGACUGCGUGUGCGGCACGUGCGAGUGCAAGAAGAGGGACAACCCCGAGGAGCGCUACAGCGGCCAGUACUGCGAGUGCGACAACUUCAACUGCGACCGCUCGGGAAACAAACUGUGUGGAGGGCACGGGCGCUGCGAGUGCCGCGUGUGCGUGUGCGACCCCAUGUGGACGGGCAGCGCCUGCGACUGUUCCUUGGACACCAGCACGUGUCUGGCCAGCAACAAGCAGAUUUGCAACGGCAGAGGGAAGUGCGAAUGCGGCACCUGCAAGUGCACCGACCCCAAAUUUCAGGGUCCCACCUGUGAAACCUGCCCCACCUGUCCGGGCGUGUGCACGGAACACAAGGAGUGCGUGCAGUGCCGGGCGUUUGGCACGGGAGAAAAGAAGGAAACGUGCGAAAGAGACUGCAGCUACUUCAACUUGAUCAAAGUCAAGGACCGGGACAAGCUGCCCCAGCCCAACGACGCCUCCUACCCCGUCAUGCACUGCAAGGAGCGAGACGCCAACGACUGCUGGUUCUACUACACCUACGCCGUCAACAACAACACCGAGAAGGAAGUCCACGUGGUGGAGACUCUGGACUGCCCCGCCGGUCCCGAUAUCAUCCCCAUCGUGGCAGGCGUGGUGGCCGGUAUCGUCCUGAUCGGUUUAGCCCUGCUGCUCAUCUGGAAGCUGCUGACCAUCAUCCACGACAGACGAGAGUUCGCCAAGUUUGAGAAGGAGAAGAUGAACGCCAAGUGGGAUACGCAAGACAACCCCAUAUACAAGAGUCCCAUCAAUCAGUUCCAGAAUCCAAACUAUGGACGUAGAGCAGAUGCCCUUUAAGGUGAGAACCCCAUCUACAAGAGUGCUGUCACCACCGUGGUCAACCCCAAGUACGAAGGCAAGUGAUGAAGAUGAAGACUGCCUUGGCUCCGUCACCACCAUGCACCAUUUGGCCACUGCUUAUUUGUACUAACACGUACGUAUUUAUGUGCUUUGGUUGUAUUUGCGCUGUACAGUACUUGUGUAUAUACUUUGGAAGAUGCUGUGUUUCUUUCCUGCCAAAGGACUUUUAGCAACACAAUCCAAAUGGAAAUAUUCCGCUUCUUGGAUAUCGUACCUGAUGUGCACUUCCUGUCUGUCCGUGGUGUCUUUCUGUGUUUUACUAGCGGCCGCACGGUGUGUAUGUGUACUGUAUGCAGUAUUUUAUGUGUACUGUAUGCAGUACCAGUCAAGCUACGGGGGUAAGUCGAUGGAAAAGUGUCUUGUGGACUCCAGCAGCUUUGAUUGCACUCAAGCCUUAUGAACUAUUCCCAUGAUACGGUUGACUUGUCAUCACCGCGGGACUGCAAACCACUCCCCCAAUCAUCAAACCGCGGCACUCCGCAGCAAUCCGGUCACUCAUACGCAUGACAUUGAUGACUCUUUCUCAGGUCCUUUUCCUGUCUGUCUGCCAAUUGGCCAAAAACUCCACCAUUACCGUUUCAAGUCAUUCACCUUCAUGCCUCGGAAGCCACACGCACACACACAUACAUACACGCACGCACGCACACACACACGCACACGCACGCCUUGCCAGUAUUGUUUGCCAAGUGCCUUUUAUUUCAGUACCACCUUCUCUCCCAAUGCUGUAAUGACUUAUUUAUUAAAGAAAGUCCCAAAAUGCCGCUGAUGGCCGCCUCUUGACU